UAGUAGCACAACCACAACAAGCCAAUGAUGUGGUGGUCGUGUUUGGACGAGCUGUUUAAGAAACAGUAUUUAAUGUUUAAUGUUUAAUGUAACUGUUUGUUCCAGGAAGAGCCACGAUGGAGGUUUUGCAGGACGGGGACGAGCAUGCACUGGAGUAUAAACGAAGUGGGCGUCUGGACAUGACUCACGGAUUCGUGCACCAUAUCAGACGAAAUCAGAUCGCAAGGGAUGAUUAUGAUAAGUCAGUGAAACAGGCCAAAGAGAAGCAACGACGCAGGCAUACCACCACCCCCUGUCGACCUCGACGACCAGAUCUGCAGGUGUAUCAUCCACGCCACCGGAACGGCAUGGGGCCCAAUGAGGCGGCGGAGGAUUGGCGGGAGAACGAGAGCGGCGACAGCGGCACUGAACAGGAGGGAAGCUCCGCCUCUCCGCUCUUCUGGCUCGACUACCAGGCGGACAGUGGUCAUGUGACCUCCUUCAUCGUCUGUAAGGAGGACGAUCCUGUGAGUGUGGUGGAGCGGGUGGCAGAGGGGAACGUUCUGGACUCCGCCAUGAGAACCGUACUGCUGGCACGCAUCCGUAGGGAGAUGGACAAACGCUGUAACAAGCGCUGAGCAAGCGUCCACCAUUGGCGAGAGGACGGAGACAGUAAAAGACAGAAGGCCACACCGGAGGAUGAGCGAGAGAGAUAUAUCAAGUGAUCUUAGAGGAAGUGGUGUAGAACUAAUAGGAGUGGGAUAGGAGCUGGGUGCAGAGGUCCAGAGGUCCAGAGGAAUGCCCAGCGCUCAGGACUCCUCAAGGAAGAGGAGCCGUUCAGGCAGAAUUACAACAGCCAAUCCGGUCAUGGAGCUGCUCCGACAGGAAAACAUAUGCUGAGACAGACUGACUGCUCGCAUCAAAGUUCAGAGGUCACGAUCUUUCAGAUGCAGUCACGGUGGUCUCCUGAAACACAAAGUGUCUGGGAUGUUUUUCACACACACACACACACACGUACUCUCUGACACAAACUGGCUGACCUGCGCUGUGAUCAAGAAUCUAUUAUAUAUCUAUUAGUAUAGAUGCAUCUGCCUAUGGCUGCAAGAAUCUUUCAUGUGUUUUGUUUGUUUGUUUAUUUGUAUUCUAAAGGUGCCUGCGGUGACAUCAUUGUUUGUUUAUUUGUUUUUGACAGGUCCCUAUGGUAGCAUCAUUGUUUGUUUAUUUGUUUUCUAAAGGUACCUGUAGUAGGAUCAUUGCUAGUUCGCCCAUCAGGAUGCUUGAUUUAGAACGUUUAAAAAAAGCAUGUUUGGCUCGGUAGCUGGCCGUAGUCCUGGGACGCUUGACACCCCCCUAUGGAUGAGGGGCAAUGUGAGCUUAGAGCUACUAGUGACAUGGAGAAUGGGGAGGAAGUGGGAUGCUUAGCUAUGCCAGGGGGCGUGACCGGGGGGGGGCGUGACCGGGACAGGCAAGGCAAGUUUAAAUCUCCUGGAAUGUGGAAGUAGGGUGAGUAACAGCUGUCAAUCAUCUCAAUGGGCUCCUCCCAUCAUUUCUUUAGAAAACAUGAUUUUUCUGAAAUUGCUGUGCAGUAAGCACUGUGUGUGUGUAUGUGUGUGUGUGUGUGUGCGUGCG